UUUUCUCUGACAUUAACGGCACCUGCCAUUCCUCCUGCUGCCGACCUAACAGCUCCAGCGCCAAAACUGUCGCCCCAUCCAUUCGGGGGAAAGAAAAUUCCACGCAAAACCCUAAUUCUCUUCGCUCGCCCCCUACGAUUUCUUGUUUCUUCGCGCCGAUGGCCUCCAAUGUUAACCCCGCGAGGGUGGGAGACACAGAGCGCAGCUUGGAGAAGAUCAAGCGGCAGCUGACGUCGGGCUCUGGGAGGUAUCUGCUUCAGGGGCCGCUUCUUAAGCGAUCUGAAACGCUAAGGAAAUGGAAUGAGAGGUGGGUGAUCCUGGACCCAACAACUGGAAAAAUGGAAUACAAGAUUCGGAGAAAUGAGACCGUUGUCAAGGGAACAAUCAUAUUUGAUUCAAACAGUACAAUUACCGUGUCCCCUGUAAACUUCCAUGGGCUCCCAAAAUAUGAUGGCUGCUGUUUUUAUAUUGUAACUCCACAGAAGAAGGAGUACUUCCUUUGUGCUGAAACCCCUGGUGCUGCAAGAGCUUGGGUAUCCACUUUACAUGCAACUCAGUUGGUUCUACGGGCACAUAAAGAGGCAGUGAAUUCAUUGAGUGGGAAUGGCUCUGCAAAAUUAGGUACGGUGGCCACUGUAGUUGCAGCUGCCAACUCAACUGCAAUGGAAGCCUCCAAAGAAAUAGAAGCAGCAAUGAAGAUAUCUAUGAGAGCCGCUCUGGGCUUGAGGACAAAUAAAACAAAUGAAGAUCACCUGGAUGAUCUGACAAUUAUGAAGGAAACUCUUCGAGUGAAAGACGAGGAACUACAGCAGUUAGCUAAGGACCUUCGUGCUAGAGAUUCCACAAUAAAAGAAAUAACAAAUAAAUUAACUGAGACAGCUGAGGCUGCGGAAGCUGCUGCUUCGGCAGCACAUGCAAUGGAUGAAGAGAGAAGACUUGUAUGUGCAGAAAUAGAGCGCCUAAACAAGGAAGCAGAGAAGCAACUAGAGUCGUCCAUGCUUAAGUUGAGGGAAUCUGAAGAAAAGGUGAUGACCCUAAGCAGAGAGCGAGAGAUAUUGUUGAAGCAGAGGGACUCUGCUCUUCAGGAGGCACAACUAUGGCGUUCUGAGCUUGCAAAAGCUCGAGAACGUGCCGUGAUAUUAGAAGCAGCUGUUCUUAGAGCUGAAGAAAGGGCCAGGGUUGCAGAGGCAGAUGCUGAGGCUCGAAUAAAGGAUGCUGCAGAAAAAGCAGCAGCCACAGUGAAAGAAAAAGAAGACCUCCUAGCACUUGUGAAUAUCUUGAAAACACAGGUCCAGAGACAACAAGGCAACACUAAGCAGGUCCUUGAAGAGAGAUCCGAGUCAUGCUCUGGUGCUGAUGACACUCUUUCAAUGACAAAACAUGUAGACUUGUCAGAGGAUGAUGUAGAUAAAGCUUGCUUAUUUGAUUCAGGAUCAGUUCCUGGGAAUAAUAUAGUCCAAUUGGCAGUUGAUGGAGUUGAAAUCCGUUCUAUUGGUGAUCCCGAGUGGAGUGAUAUCCAGUCGACAGAUGCGAGGAUAGCUGAUGUAAGGGAGGUCGCCCCUGAAGCAGAGCAAAGAAGCUUCGACAUUCCGUUGUGAGCCCUCCGGUUGACAACCACCAGCAUAGAGAGAUCCCUUCCCAGCCAUGAUGUGAGCUAUUCGUUGAAUUUUUGUGAUGGUGCCAACCACGGGGCAUCAUAUAAUUUCAUACUGCUAAAUAGAGCUCUUGUAAUAUGACAUGCUGUGGGAACUCUUCCAAAACUUUAUUUGAUUGUGGAGAUGCUUUGCGAGAAACUGCUAGAUACUAGGAUUCAAAUAUCUGCUAGAAGGAUUUGGCAAAAAAAAAGAAAGAAAAGAGCUGCUAGAUCAGUAUGUUUGCAAGGAUAUGUUCUGAUUUCGGAUCAAUGGUCAUUGUAUCAAAUUAUACAGGCGAAUAAAGGUUUUCAGUCUUUGGUUUGUUAUGA